ACAGUUCCCCCUCCAAGCCCUACCAAUCGAAGAGUUUCGGUAUCCUUCUGCUUCGGAUCACCUCAUGGCGCCGUGGGCGGGCCGUCGCCGCAUCAUUCGUUGCCCUUGACACAGGAACCAUUCGCUGAACUGAAGCUAAGGUCGAAUUACCCGCCACAGGCUCGUUGCCCCGUUCCGUCUCCCCUUCUUCCCUAUAUAACCAACCUUCCAUUCCCUUCCCAAACUUCUUCACUCUCACAACUCAUUACUACUACUACUACUACUACUCAAUCACUCUUAACCUUUCUAGUACACGUUACUACCAACUAAUCUCAUUCACAAUGUCUGGCCUCAACCCCGGUGACAGCUUCCCCGCUGACGUUACCUUCUCCUACAUCCCCUGGUCCGAGGAGAAGGGCGAGAUCACUGCUUGCGGUAUCCCCAUCAACUACUACGCCUCCAAGGAGUGGGCCGACAAGAAGGUCAUCCUCUUCGCCCUCCCCGGUGCUUUCACCCCCGUCUGCUCUGCUCGCCACGUCCCCGAGUACCUUGAGAAGCUCCCCGAGAUCCGCGCCAAGGGUGUCGAUGUUGUUGCCGUCCUUGCCUACAACGAUGCCUACGUCAUGAGCGCCUGGGGCAAGGCCAACCAGGUCACCAACGAUGACAUUCUCUUCCUGUCUGACCCCGAGGCCAAGUUCUCUAAGAGCAUCGGCUGGGCCGACGAGGAGGGCCGCACUGGUCGCUACGCCAUCAUCAUCGACCACGGCAAGGUCACCUACGCCAAGCGUGAGCCCGCUAAGAACCACCUCGAGUUCUCGAGCGCCGAGACCGUCCUCAAGCACCUGUAAACGUGUCAUUCAAAGACAAUAGACAUGGCAGGCGUCCGAUGAUAGAUAGCGUUGACAUUGACAUCCUGGUGGGAUAAUGCGUUAGAGAUUAGACAGAGCCACUAGAUAGAAAGAAUAUCAACGCGCUUACGAAGCUACGACAA